AUGUCUCUUGAGACUGGUGGCAGGCAAUCAGAGAAGAAAGGUGCGUCCGAGAAUUUUCGUCACGGAGAUCGAAAUUCUGAUAUACUUUCUGUCCAAAGUAGUACAACAGAAUCUACAAACGUGAGGGAGCAUGAUUCGUCAUUUCCAAUAUCAGCGCCAGAUAGUGAUUCUGAUACACCUAAAUCUGCCACAAGUGGUGAAACAAGUACCCGGGCAUCCAGUAGCGUUGGAAUAGUGUUUACGAUAAAGGAGGUCUACAAUACGCGGACUAUGACAGGCAAGCAAUGGAAUCACAUUUCCGACUGGUCCUUUCUACUGAAUCUCAUUUUGAAUGGAGGGUUAUUUGGGCUGAUAUUCUUAGUUGCCGAGAAAAACACCUCAUUACCAGAAGAGAAGAAUUGGACGAUCUAUGGCACCUUAUUGGGGCUUCUGAUCGCCUGCUUUGAGGUGCUCCUCACGCUGGGUUUCAACAUGAUUACGUUCAAGGCUGAGAUGAAGGCCUCAUUUGUAUUGGUACCCGCAUUUCUCACCUUUGGAUACAUCUCUAUAAUGGCCAUCGAAUUGUUCGGACUAGUCGCACUGGUAACUGUGACUGGCCUUAAGCUGGAAGAUGAAUUAGACUCGCGGCAAAUAUUCGAGUACGACUGGUGCCGAGUGGGCGGCACUGCAACUGGACAGAAUAUCAGUCUCACAACUGGCUCUGGUCCUUUACCGACGACUUUCGCCAUUACGGGACCACAAGCAAUCUGCUACACAGCCCCGACAGAUCGUCCCGUUUCAAGCAGAAGUAGAGAGUAG